CAAAUUGAUCUUCGUUGGUAGUGAAUUACAAUUCUAUAUUUGGUUAAAAUAUUUCCCUGCUGUUGUAAAUAUCUAUAAUAUGUAUCUUCAGAGGAAAACAAGAACUCGUCGUAAAAAAUCAAUUAUAUAUUUAAUUAUAUUUUUAAUAAUAUUGAUAUUUUCUACCAUUUACUGCUCCAGAAUAGGGCAAAAUCUCAUUAAAAGAUAUUCAUUUAGAGCUGAAAAUAAAGAAUUAUGCUACAGUCGUAAAAGUAAGUUACAAGAUAAACAUGCCAAACCCACAAUUCGAAUCACAUAAUAUAUUCUUUCUGGAGACAACAGGAGUUGCAAAUUUAUCCAUCCGUCAAGCAUGUGCUGUAGAAUCUACCGCUAGAUAUAAUCUACAAUCCAAUAUUAUUGUUAUAAUGUUCACUCAAAAUCAAUUUGAAGAUUCGUACAACUUAACUAGAAUGUUUGAUAAUGUACAGGUUAAAUUAUUUUCGUUUGAAGAGAUAUUUGAAGGUACACCAUUGUACGAAUGGUAUAAGAUGGGAGAAUGGAACAGCACCGUGUACAAAAUAAAUCAUCUGAGUGAUGCUUCAAGGCUAGCUGUUAUUUGGAAAUAUGGUGGUAUGUAUUUGGAUCUAGAUAUAGUGAUGUUAAUGUCCCUAUCCGGAUUUUGGCAUCGUGGCUUGAAAAACUUUUUAAUUAAAGAGAGGGAUAAUGUACUAGCUAAUAGUGUUUUCGGUUUUACACGCAAUCAUCCUUUUUUGUUUAAGUGUAUGAUAAAUCUUGUGGAGAAGUAUAGAAGCGAUUGUUGGCUUUGUAUAGGACCUUGGCUCCUUACUAAUCAAUUCGGAUCUUUUUGUAAGGGAUUAGACAUGAAAGACAUAGAAACCGACAUGAAUUGCAACGUUGCUGUUCUUCCUGCCAGUUGUGCUUUUCCGAUUCCAUACUACAACUGGAAACAAUACUUUACUAAAGAUUUGAGGAAUCAUGUAAUUCGUAAAAUAGGAGAAAGUUACGUGAUUCAUCUUUGGAAUUAUCUUAGCUCUAAACAAGCACUUUUACCUGAUUUAGAUACUGCCUAUGGGAUGGUUAUGUCUGUCAAUUGUCCUCACGUAUACAAGUAUGCAAUAGAAAUGGGAAGAGAGUUUUGAAUUUAGCUGAUCUGUAAAUUUUUUAAAUUAUACAAUUUUUUAAACUUUUUGUAAAAUUAAACUUAUUACUGUAUAUUGAAUGGAAAUUUGUAAAACUCUUUCAGAUUUAAAAUGGAGUAUAGCAAAAAGUAUGUUAUCGAAUCGUAAAGAUUUCUGUUAUUAAAAUUUCAAAAUUUUUUUGAAUACUUAUAAAAUAAAAAUACAAUGCAAGCAAA